AUGUUCGAUCAUUUAAAAUUUUGGAGGCCCCGAAAGUCACAAUUACUUGCUCGUCAAGUAUUCGUCAACGAGCCUCUACCCGCCGCAAAGCUUGAUAAACACGGACGGCCGAAACAACUAUAUGUUACAAAUAAAGUUAUCACUUCGAAAUACAAUAUUUUCACUUUUAUUCCAAAAAAUUUAUAUGAACAAUUCCGUCGCAUCGCAAAUUUUUUCUUUUUAUUGCUGGUCGUUUUACAAUGGUUUCCUGAAUUCGCUACUAUUGAACCUGUGGUGGCAGCAUUACCCAUGUUCAUUAUAUUGGGUAUAACUGCGAUUAAAGAUGCUUUUGAAGAUUUCAAACGUCAUGUAACUGAUAGAUCAGUUAAUAAUAGAAAAACGUGGACGUUGGGAAAUUGGACAAACGUCAACUAUGUUGAUGGAACGUCUACCUCCUCCAGUAAUUUGAUGUCAUCUUUAUUUAGUAAAAAAACUGUCGUUAGUAAAUCAGAGGAGGGAAAGGGUCCGGAUUGGAAGCAAACCAUGUUUAUGAAUGUACGUGUCGGCGAUUUCAUUAAGUUACGUAAUGAUGAUUUCAUUCCAGCUGACAUCAUCAUCCUUUCAACAUCGGAACCUAAUUCCCUUUGUUAUGUUGAGACAAAAAAUCUUGAUGGGGAAACAAAUCUUAAAAUAAGAUCAAGUGUUCCAGAGACUGAUCAUUUAACUACACCAGAAGAUUGUGCACAAAUUCAGUUCUAUGUUGACUCGGAACCUCCUACAACCAAUUUAUUCAGCUAUAAUGCUACUUUAGUAUUCCCUAAGGGAUUACAAGACAGACCACGUUCUCGCAGUGGAUCGAAAAUUCCAGUUAACUUGAAUUCAAUUUUAUUAAGAGGUUGCGUUUUAAAAAACACUGAAUGGGUCAUUGGUUUAGUAGUAUUUACUGGCACUGAUACUAAGCUUUCAUUGAAUUCCGGUGCUACUCCAUCAAAAAGAAGUCGUAUCGAAAAAAAGAUGAAUCCACAAGUUCUAGCGAAUUUGAGUAUAAUGGCAAUUUUGUGUACUUUGUGUGCCAUUGGUAGCAAGAUUUGGGAAACGAGAUUUUUUAGCAGGAGUUCAACAUAUAUCGAACAAGGAGGUAGAGGUAUCGAAUUGAAUGCCUUCUUGGCCUUUUGCAAUGCUUUGAUCGUUUUUCAAAACAUCGUUCCCAUUUCAUUAUACUUAUCAAUUGAAUUUGUCAAGUCUGUUCAAGCUUUCUUUAUUUACAUGGAUGAUGAAAUGCGUUAUGCUGAAACAGAUACUCCUUGCAUUCCUAAAAAUUGGAAUUUGUCAGAUGAUUUGGGUCAAAUCGAAUAUAUUUUCUCUGAUAAGACUGGCACUUUAACACGAAAUGUAAUGGAGUUUCGAAAAUGUUCUAUUGGUGGAAAGGCGUAUCAUGGUGAAACCUUGGAUGGUGACACUGAAGUUGGUACAUCCACGCCGAGUAUAAUAUUGAAUGAUCAUGAAAAACCAACACCAAUCCUAAUUCCAAAUUCGACAACUGGUUCUCAAUCAAAUGUUCCUAAAAAUUCUGGCUUUUCUAAGAAUAAUAAUGAAAAUAAAAAGGAGUCAAAAGAAAAUUUAACGAAAAAGGUUUUUGCUGAUAACGAACUUUUGCGAGAUAUGGAAUCUGGCGAUCCUUGUCACGCAAAGACUAUUAAUGACUUCUUCACCCUUCUCGCCAUUUGUCAUACCGUGCUGGUCAGUACAAAUGCUGAUGGAGAACCACAAUAUAAAGCCCAAUCACCUGAUGAAUCUGCACUUGUACAGGCUGCGAAAGAAAUGGGUUAUACUUUUCGUUCACGUGAACCUGAUAAUAUUGUCAUUACUGCACCAAGCGGUAAAGAAGUUCAUUUUGAGUUAUUGAAUGUUCUUGAAUUUACAAGUACAAGGAAAAGGAUGAGUAUUAUUGUGCGAUCACCGUUGGAUGGUCGUAUAACCUUAUAUUGCAAAGGGGCCGAUAAUGUUAUUUUCGAGCGAUUAAAAAGUGGUCAGGAUUAUAGGUUGAAUAUAACCGGCGAGCACUUGGAAGAGUUCGCAAAAGAAGGUCUUCGGACGCUUUGUUUAGGUUACGCGGAAAUUGAUCCUGGUUUCUAUCAAAAUUGGAUCGGAGAUUAUCGUGAAGCAUCAACUUCACUUACGGAUCGUGAUAAAAGGAUUGCAACUGUUAGCGAUAGAAUUGAAAAAGAUUUGAUAUUACUUGGUGCCACCGCGAUCGAAGAUCGCUUGCAAGAAGGUGUACCGGAAUGUAUUGCAACUCUUAAACGCGCAGGUAUUAAAAUAUGGGUCUUGACGGGUGAUAAGAUGGAAACUGCAAUAAGUAUCGGAUUUUCAACUUGCUUAUUAAACCGAGACAUGAACCUUAUUAUUAUUCGUGGAGGUGCUUAUGGAGAGUCGGGUAGCGCUUAUGAACAAAUGCGUAGCGCUGUUGAAAAGUUCUUUCCUACCGAUCAGGAUAUUAAAAAUAAUAUGCGGUCUGUACAAGCCCCCCCUGUUACAUCAGUUAAUAGUGUCCCUCGAUCAUCGAUCUCCCAUUCGCAUGAGUUGAGCACAGGAGGGGCCUUUUCUUUUAUGUCAGGUAUUUCGAAUACGCAAAGGCUUGGAGGACAUGCUUUAAUAAUUGAUGGAGUAGCAUUAAAGUAUGCUUUGGAAGAACCUUGGAGUAGAAAUUUAUUAUUGGAUCUGGCUUGUCGAUGUAAAGGUGUUGUUUGUUGUCGAGUGUCACCAUUACAAAAGGCUAAAGUUGUGGAAUUAGUCAAGUGUGGAAAAAACGUGAUGACUUGUGCUAUCGGUGAUGGAGCUAACGACGUUAGUAUGAUCCAGGCUGCUCAUAUUGGUAUAGGAGUUGCAGGAGAAGAAGGAUUACAGGCUGUCAUGGCAUCAGAUUAUGCUAUAGCACAAUUUCGAUAUCUCACUCGUCUUUUAUUGGUUCACGGACAUUACGCAUACAUUCGCAACUCUUCCAUGAUCCUCAAUUUUUUUUAUAAGAAUAUGAUCGGUGUUGGAGUCUUAUUUUUGUAUCAAUUCUUCUGUGGGUACUCUACAACUAUCAUCUUUGAGUACACCUACACAUUAUUUUGGAAUCUGUUUUUCACAUGUACAGCUGUGCUGGCAAUUGGGGUUUUCGAUCGUGAUGUGCCUGAUAGAGUUGCUAUCGAGGUACCUGAAUUAUAUAAGAGGGGUAUUAAUCGAGAAGCAUAUAAGAUGCGAACAUUUUUGUAUUUUAUGUUUGAAGGCGUUUAUCAAUCUUUGGUCUGCUUCUUUAUUCCAUAUUCUGCUUAUCAAAGAGGAAGUGUCAAUCCUGAAGGACGCGCACCUGAUUAUCUUGAAAUGGGUACGACAAUGGCGGCUGCAAGUAUCACGAUGGCAAAUUUAUUCACCGGAUUUAAUGCACAAUGUUGGACAAUAUUUCAUUUUAUUUCUGUUUUUGGUUCGAUGGCUUUAUUCUUCGUUUACAUUGCUGUCUAUAAUUUAAUGCCAUUUUCGGAAACUUAUGGAUUUAAUUAUGUUGUGUAUAGAGGGGGGGUCUUUUGGUUUUGCUUAUUAUUGUCCACAGUACUUUCCAUUCUUCCAAGAUACACUUUAAGAUAUUAUCAAAGAAAUUACAACCCUAUUAACGUUAAUAUUAUACAAGAGAUUGUCAAGAAGAAUCCAGAACAUAACUUUAUACAUGAUCCUAAUAUAUAUAGAGGCAUAAGCUUGACCAAAAAACCAACGAGAGAUUCAUUAUUUUCAAGAAAUGAAUCGAUAUCGCCUAUAACCGCCGAGACAGGAUUGACAUACACUCCGCGUCCAAGCUUUGCUACAGAGCGUACAAGUUCAGACAUUCGCAUACAUGGACAGCAAUUUAUUCCACCUGUUCCUCUUAUUCCAUCAGAUUACACUAGUAAUACUUCGGAUACGCAAGAAGUUCCCACAAGCAUGACAUAUAUGAGAACCGGAUUAACGGAACCAAUGCGUGGUUAUGCAUUCUCACAAGAGGAAGGGACGGGUCGUAUCAUGGCACUACCUUUAAGACGACGGAAGACAAAUCCUGGACCUAUUGGACAUUUUAGAACAAUAAACGAAGAAAAUAGUUUACGACGUAGAAGUUUGCCGGAAGUCAGAUCUAUGAUCGACGCUUUCGAAGAUGGAGGAGAAAGGACACGAAUAGUACAAUUUAGGGAAUCGAUAGGUGGAAAUACUAUGGUAUCGAGUGCUGUCCCUUCAAGAAGGCAGAGUGAAAAUGUUUCAGGCAUUCAAUCAGACGAAAAUGAUCAUGAGCAUCAAAUUCAAACAAACGUUGAGGAUCAACCAAAAUCUAUAGACAAUAAUGAAAGUUGA